AUGAUGGAAGAUCACUUUUAUUGCAAGGACUUGCAUGAGCCCAUCAUUACAAAGGAUAAGCCCGCAGGAAAGGAUGACAAGGCAUGGGAGAUUUUAAAUCGAAAAGCGGUUGCUGUAAUCCGUAAGUACAUUGAUCGAUCACUUUUCGAACAUGUCUCUACUUACACCAACGCUUAUGAAUUAUGGACAAAACUUGAGUCCAUGAUUCAAAAGAAAACGCCUCGGAACAAAGCUCUCCUCGUUCGACGGCUGGUAAAGUUGGAAUACAAGGAUGGCCAGAGCAUGAUGGAGCACUUGAACAAUUUCAAGGGGGUCGUCAAUCAAUUAAGCAAAGUCGACAUGAAGAUUGAAGAUGAAAUGCAAGCCCUUUUACUCCUUAGCUCCCUACCAGAGAGUUGGGACACACUAGUUGUCACUCUCAGCAAUUCAGCACCAGAGGAAAAGCUCACCAUGGACACCGUCAGCGAUAGUCUUCUAAACGAAGAAACAAGGAGAAAAGAACGAGGUUCAAGCACCAUGUCGGAGGCAAACGUCAUAGAUAGACGGGGUAGAGAUGAAACUCGUGGACGCAAUAGAACCCGAGAUAGAGAUCAAUCUAGGGGACGAUCCAAGUCACGCCCUAGAGUUACUUGCUACUAUUGUGGAAAAGUGGGUCAUAGAAAACCAGAAUGCCGGUUUUACAAGAAAGACCAACAAACGGGUAACAUAAAACCAGACCGGUUUAAUCCCACAAAGAAGCACGAUGACAAGACCACCACCAUUGUGUCAGACGAGGAUAACGAUGUUUAUAUUAUUGGAGAAUGCAAUCUUCUCAAUAUUGCCUCCAAUGAUACUUCAUGGAUCGUUGACUCUGGUGCUUCCUUUCAUGUCACUCCUCAUGGAAGCUUCUUCUCAACUUACCAAAGUGGUAACUUUGGUAACGUACAAAUGGGAAAUCAAGGAAGAAGCAAGAUUGUUGGAAGAGGAGAUGUGAUCCUUACAUCAAACACAGGAUGUAAGAUGGUUCUCAAAGAUGUGAGGCAUGUUCCCGACAUGCGACUCAAUCUCAUAUCAACUGGAAAGCUUGAUGAUGCUGGUUUGGAAAAUCACUUUGGUGGAGGCAAGUGGAAACUAACCAGAGGAAACUUGAUUAUGGCUCGAGGAAAUAAAGAGGGAUUGUUGUAUGUGACCCAAGCUAAGCUUUGUAAUGAGGAAGUAAAUGUCGCAAGUGCUAACAUGGAGAUAUGGCACCGGAGAUUGGGACAUAUGAGCGAGAAAGGUCUAAAUAUUCUCGCUCGAAAGAAUUUACUCCCCAAUAUGAAAGGUAUGUCCCUCGAACCAUGUUCUGAUUGCUUAGCUGGAAAACAACAUCGAGUCGCUUUCCAGAGAUCUUCUACACCUACGAGAAGGAAUCACAUUCUCGAUCUUGUGCAUACCGAUGUAUGUUCCAUGUCUGAAAAAUCCAUUGGUGGUGCAUCAUAUUUCGUCACCUUCAUCGAUGACCACUCAAGAAAAGUAUGGGUACGUUUAUUAAAAUCGAAAGAUCAAGUUCUUGAUGCUUUCAAAGAAUUUGUAGCCCAAGUAGAACGAGGUACGGGUCAAAAACUCAAGUGCGUUCGAUCUGAUAAUGGUUGA